AUGACGGGAUCUACCUGGAGUCCCUCGGGCCGGGCGGAGGCGGCCGGGCGCGGAGCAGCGUGCUGCCGGGAGCGUGGGCUGAGUAAGUGCUUCGUGUGGGAGAGUACGGCGGAGCACGAUCCGCAAGCAAACAAAACGAAAAUACUGGCUGUGAGUGAAAGUCACGACCUGUUUGUCUAUGAAUUCACCAGAGAAGACGGGAAAUGCAGCCCGGAUCCCCUGCACGGCUGUGAGGAAGGCGCUCUGAAGAAGCUCCUCGAGGCUAACGGCAUCAGUCUUUCUUCGAUUUUGUCUUUGAGGAUACUGUCUUUUAAAGACAACAGAUGCAUACUUCUGCUCAACAGCUUUAUUGUUAUGCAUCUUACCUUUCCUGGAGAGUGUUCAUCGUUGGAGACGUGUGACUGCUUUACCCUUGAUUUGCCCCCACCAGUUUUGGAAAGAAUAACAGAUAUAAACUUCUGCAGGGGGAUUCUGUUUUUCUUGGAUAGUUCUGGCUUGAUCUACGUAUUUGAUUCUUUUGAUGGAGUGAAUCUAGCACACAUUGACCUGUCACUCUGCCAGGGAGGUGUGCAGGGUGGGGACAGGAGUUCCACCAUCACAUCACCGCUCGCUGCAGUCAAAGUGUCGUACGAUCUCAGUGUUGCUGUGAUCAUCAGUUCUUCCAACAAUGCCUGUUCUGUGGAUCUAAACAUGUACUUCAGACAGUUCCCUGGGCAUUUGAUUUGUAGAAGAGAUCCUGAAAGCCUUCCACUGAAGCCACCUGAGGGAGUUGAUGAGGAUGACCUUGCUAGUUCUGACUACAGUAUGGAGCUGCUGUCCUCGCCUUUCCGCACAGACAGGUCAUGGAAGGCACACUUAUCCUCCCUGCGCAGCACAAUCAGGAAAAGAAGAUCACGUUCCCCACAUUUGCUGUGUGAUGUGAACCUACCUUGGUAUCAGUAUUUUACCCAUCUUGAAGAUCACGAUCCCUUAAUCUAUGAAACCUCUGAGAAGGCGCUGGCCAUUGCUCCAAAGGCUUUUCCGUGUGUCCCUUCCAAGCCAUUGCAGAGUGCUGGCACAAAGCUCAGUGGUACGGAGCAGCCGUGGAAACAAAUCCUCCCUGUACAGUUAUCACAAGAAGUGGUGAAACUGGAGUGUAAAUCUGUGACUGGGGCCAAAGCUCUGUUUGUGAUCCUGACAGAUGACAAAGCACUGACACUUGCUCUCUGGGAUUUCGAGUCCCAAGAUGUAACACACUACCAGUUCAGCAAAAAUAGUGUUUAUGUGGAUUGCAACGAGGACGUGCCGUUGUGUCUGCUGCUGACAGAGUGUGGCCUCUCCUUAAUUCUGUUUGGUUUAACUCAAGAGGAGUUUUUGAACAGACUGAUGAUCUAUGGCAGUGCUGGAGUCGUGGAUUCUGUAUGUCACCUCAAUGGAUGGGGACGGUGUUCUAUUCCAGUACAUGCACUAGAGAAUACGUGCAUAACAAUGGUGCUGUCUGUCUGCCUAGGCUGGCUUGGAAAAUCGUCAGCUAGACACAGUAGAUUUAUUUUUAAAAACAAGCAGCUUGAAGAAAUUUUUGCCCACACAGAGGAACCUGAUGGAUACCUGCAGAAGGCUGCAGAGAUUUUAGCUGAUUACAUCAUUGAACUGAGGACGUUUAUGAAAAACUACCCUCGGUCACAAGUAAAUAUCGCAGACGUAGGGAGUGAUUCUGAAGAAGACCUACCUGCAAUAGAGGAAAGCCAGAUGUGGGAAAAACUGACACCUGAGGAAGUCAUUGCUGAGGCCAUCUUAAGCAACAAAAUGCCAGAGGCCCAGACCUUCUUCCGAAUGCGGCAGCAUCCUGCCCAGAGCCUUCAGGAGCUCCUUCGGAUGGGCUUGGAUCUGGUCUAUGGCCGUCUUCUGAAGGGCAAUACCAGAGAGGCCUCAGCACUCCUGAAGAACAUGUUAGCAUGCAAUGAGUAUGUUCUGGUUUUUUUAGGGUUUGAUGUGAAGCAGCAGUUGCAUAAGAUAUGUUUCUACACGGCUGAUAAACACGUGCGAGAUUUGCUGCUGAAGUAA